AGUGAAUAGUUGAAUUGGAAAGGUAAAGUUUGAUUUGAGGUUUGUUUGAAGAAGCAAAUAAAAGGAAAGAGGAAGAAGAUGGAAGUAGAGGAUUUGGAUUAUGUGGUGGUGCCUGUUGGAAUGCUGGUGCUGCUAAUAUAUCACGUUUGGCUUCUUUACACUAUAAUCCGCUACCCAUCUCGCACUGUUAUUGGUUUGAAUGCUCAAUCUCGUUACCAAUGGAUUCUUUUCAUGAUGUCUGACCCUUUGAAACAUGGGAUAUUGGCAGUUCAAACAAUCCGCAACAAUAUAAUGGCAUCUACACUUCUAGCUACAACAGCAAUCACACUAAGUUCACUUAUUGGCGUUUUUGCAAGCAAUGAUGCAGAAACCAAAUUAGUUUUUGGCAAUAAAACCUCAUUAAACUAUUCAAUAAAAAGACUUUCUAUCUCAUUAUGUUUCCUUGUUGCAUUUCUAUGUAAUAUGCAAUCUAUAAGAUACUACGCACAAGUGAGUUUCUUAAUCACUACACCUGCAUUCAAAGGCAAAAAAGAUUUUAUUGAUUAUGUUGCAAAAACAUUGAACCGUGGAAGUUAUUCUUGGUCUCUUGGUUUGAGGGCUUUCUACUUGUCAAUUCCUCUUGUCCUUUGGAUUUAUGGACCUAUACCUAUGUUUGCUUGUUCUUGUUUCACAUCAUUUCUUUUGUAUUUCUUGGAUACAACCACUCAAAUCACAAGGGAACUUCACACUAAGUCAUUCAUGGAGAUAGAAAUUGAGGAUGUGGAUGUAACAUCAUAGGUUCAUAUAUGUAACUGUUAUUGAACUUGAUAAACUAUGAUAAAGUAAUUUUUCUAUCAGUUCAGCUGUAGAUUACUUGUAUAUAA